UCUACCGGAAGUGGUUUUUUCUGUGGCGAUUAAUCUGUCGCACCUAAGACAGUGCAGCUUCGUCUUUCGAGCAUGGCGAACUUCAUCGUUACUCAGCUCGCCAAGUGUGGGUCCUUCUCUUUGAGACCCACUUCAGCAUUUGUUAUUCCGAAGAAGAGUAUUCAUCAGAGUCCAAGAAAUGAGACUUCAAACAGCCUGGUUCCAGCAAGAGAGAAAAGCACUGCUGUGGCUACCAAGACAUCGGCUGUGACCAGCAGCAAGGGGGAAUACGUCAUCACAAAGCUGGAUGAUCUGGUCAACUGGGCACGCAGGAGCUCUCUGUGGCCUAUGACAUUUGGUCUUGCCUGCUGUGCUGUGGAAAUGAUGCACAUGGCAGCACCACGUUACGACAUGGAUCGCUUUGGAGUGGUGUUCAGAGCCAGCCCAAGACAGUCUGAUGUGAUGAUUGUUGCAGGGACCUUGACUAAUAAGAUGGCACCUGCACUCCGCAAGGUGUAUGACCAGAUGCCUGAGCCAAGAUAUGUGAUUUCAAUGGGAAGUUGUGCCAACGGAGGGGGCUAUUACCACUACUCCUAUGCUGUAGUCCGAGGCUGUGACCGCAUUGUCCCAGUGGAUAUUUAUGUUCCAGGGUGCCCACCCACAGCAGAAGCUCUACUUUAUGGCACUCUGCAGCUGCAGAAGAAGAUAAAGCGGGAGAAGAGACUGAGGAUAUGGUAUCGGAAAUGAGGAAGCAUUUUCUCACUCAAGCAAAUCUGUACUUAUGUAAUUUUCUCCUCUGAAUUGACCACCACUAGGUCACUUUGACCCAUAUGGGGCUUUAAGUUUGUAUUGUAAUAAAUCUAUAUUGUACAUUGUGCUUGUGCUUUCACUUCACACAUUUUUGUUGUGGGAAUGGUUUAGUGAAUUUCCUAGGUCAUAAAUGAGCUGCUGAACAGUCUGAAGUCUAGUGACUUUUCUACAUUUUUUUCCCCAAAAUGCAUGUUUUUCAGUGUUGAUUAUACAUUUAUUCAUUUAGCAGAUGCUUUUCUCCAAUGCAACUUCCAAUGAGCAUGAUGUAGCUAUAAUGAGUUACUCAUGAAUACAUCAGUGAUACUCAUACUAUGGGUG